CCAUCCAUCGAGAGCGCCCGAGGACAUGGCUUGGCAAGGAGGAAAUCCAGCGCAGGGGCAGCCGCCGCCGCCGCAGCCGCCGCCGUCGCUUGCGCCCGGAUGGACAGAGCACGUCGGCCCGCAGGGACAGCCAUACUACCACAACGCCAGCACGGGCCAGUCGACCUACUCGCGCCCCUCUGCUGCUGCUGUUGCACCCGUCGGGGUCUCCUCGGCGUCCUCGGCUUCUUCUUCUUCAUCGACGAAGGCAAAGGCGAAGGAGAAGCCAGCCAAGAAGGAGCCCAUCGAAGGCGCAGAGGGCUGGCUGAGGGUCACGACGAACCUGGGCAACGUGUUUUACACGCACAAGGAAAGCAAGAGGAGCGAGUGGGUCGUGCCCGGCGAGAUCCGUCAGGCCGUCGCGGCCAUGGAGGCGAGGGAACGGGCGCAGCGGGAAGAGGAGGCGGCGCAGGAGCAGCAAAAGGAGAGGGAGGAGAGGGAAGAGGCCGCGAGAAAGGCGGAGGAGCUCAAGCGGGCGAGGGAGGAGCAGGAGAGAAUCAGAAAGGAGCGCGAGAAGCUAUUGGCGGCAGCGGGCAAGAGGAAGCGGGGCGAGGAGCAGGACGACGAGGGUCUCGAAGCGGACGAGGCUCAGGGCGGCAUAGAUGCAGAUGAGCUGCUCGAGAGGCAGGACUCGCCAAAGAGGAGCCGUCUUGAUGGAGACGAAGGCGAAAGCGGCGGGGACGGUAAUGAGGAGGAGGACAACAACGAAGAUGAUGAGGACGACGAGGCGUGGCAGAAAAACGUCGCGGCGGAGAUGGCGGCUGAAGUUCAGAAGGAGCAGCAGCGCUCGGCUCCGAGCAAUGGACCGACCAACAUCACUCUCCUGCCUCCGCCACCCAAGGCGCCGGAACCGCACGCCAACGAGCCCAGGGUUGAGCUGUCGCUCGAGGAGGCCAAGGCCCUCUUCAUGCAGAUGCUCACCUCGCUCAACGGCACCGACCGAGAGGUUAACCCCAUGGCGCCGUGGGACAAAGAGCUGGCGAAGUUUGUCCACCAUCCGCGGUACACGGUUCUAGCCCAGCUCAGGGAUCGGCAGGAUGCAUUUAAUGAGUGGUGCAAGCUGCGCCUGCGAGAGAAGAGAAAAGGGCCUUCUUCAUCCGGCCCUGCUUCUUCUGCGCCGACAGCCGCUCCUACGUCUGCACCUACCGCCAACGGCAACGGCAAUGGAUCUUCCUCUCCAUCUUCGGCAUCCGCAUCGGCGUCAAAGGGCGAUGCUGCUCAGCACUAUCAGGCCCUCCUUGAGGCCGAGGUCAUAUCCACGCGGACGCGCUGGGAAGAUUUUCGCAAGAAGCACAAGCGGGACCGCUCCUUCUUCAGUUUUGGACGAGAUGAUCGCGAGCGCGAAAAGGUAUUCAGGAGCUUCUUGAGGGACCUCGGAGAGAAGAAGCGGCUUGCGGCGGAGAAGGCGGAGGAGGACUUUCUCCAGCUGCUUGAAGAAAAGCUUUCAAGGAGCGAGGACCGAGUGGCGAGGGAAGCGACGCAAGAGGAGGUCAAUGGCGUGUGGACCAAGGCAAAGAAGAGGGAGGGUGUCGAGGUGGACAAGCGCUACGAGGCCGUUGGCAGCAGCUCGAGAAGGGCCGAGCUUUUUGGGCAGUGGGCCAAAGGCGAGCGACGACCAGUCGGCACCAGAGGAGUGGAAGGCUACGCCGUUUCUCAUCCGAGAAGAGAUGGCCCAGUCGACAAGAAGGAGCAGGCGCUGCGAGAGCGCGAGGAGCGCGUGCGAAGAGAGCAGCGACAGGUCCAGGGCGCGAACCGCCGCGCGCUGGGCCAGGCCAAUCACCAGGAAGGGCUGGUGCAGUUUGGACAGCUGCUCAUGGACAUCAUCCGGAAUCCCCUUUCGAGGUGGGCGGAUGUGGUCGAGUCGAUCCGCAGUGAUCCACGAUACUUGAUACUGGAAGAUCCGGAAGAGAGGCGAAGACUGUUCGAGGAGCACGUUGACUCCCUCAACACAAAGCGGCUUCGGGAGUUGCAAGAGACUGUCUUCGAGAAGCAUGCGCCGGCAAUGGACAUCGAUGCAGAGGUCGCUCUGCCGCUCAUUCUCGACGACGAAGAGGUCAAGCGACGCAAGUUGGACCAGCUCAAGGCCCUCGAGAGCGGCAAGACGAUGCAGGAUCUCUUUGAGGAAUGGAGCAAGCAAAGAGAAGAGAGGGCAAAAGUGGCUUUCAUGGAGAUGCUGAAAGAGAACGCUUUUGUGGAAUUCUGGGGCUCAUUGCGCCAGCAGCGUCGGGUCCAAGGAGGAAAGUCUGCUGCACCGGAGGCCACGCCCGAAGGAGGUGCUGGCCAGGGCGACAAUGACGACGAAGACGAAGACUUGCCCAGUCUCCUGCAAAUGGCCGCCAACAUCGACCUCGACGAGAUCUUUGAUGUGCUCCGAAACGACCAACGGUUCAGGGCGUUUGCGCACAUGCCCGAGAAGCGCGAAGAGUGGAUUCGGGAUUACCUUCAGAAUAUGAAAGUGCCCAAGACGACAGUCUUUCAACGAUCCUGAAGACGGAGCGUGGUUGUAUUUCAUGGAAUUGUAUGAAUAAGCUGAGCUUAAUCCGAGAGCAGGGCGUGAUC